AACGAGUUGAACUCACUUGUUGGGUGCUAGGGUUUGUUCUCCUCUAUUUCCUCGGCGAAGUUCUUGCCGUCGACGACCAAUACAUGAGCAUCACCCAGUCCACGCCUCCCGCUACACCUUUGGUGCUGCUCUAGCUCGUGAGCCCCCUAUCCCAGGCAUAAACUUCAUCAUCCAAGUGCCCAACUCAGGAUUCUUUAUGGCACUCGGCCGCCUCGGCCUCAUCUCGGUUAUCGACAACCACAUAAAAGGUUUUAGUGCCUCCUUCAUCUCCCCUAAAUAAUCUGCCCACUUUCUGUCUGAUCAUGUUUUUGUACAGCAAACUCUCUUCUCUCAAGAUCUACCGAUCCUGCUAUUGCUUCUUCUCGAUCAACCAACAAUCUGGACCACAAAUAUACUCAAAAUCCAAACUUUGCAGUUAUAAUCAAAUUAAAAAGUCAAUGGUUUUGACAGCUGAUUCUGCAAAUACAAGUGCAUCGAGUGGUCAAAUCGUAGCCAAUAAGAAAGCUCACAUGGCUAAGGUAGUAUUGAAGGAACACUUGGUUCUAACUUUGUUUAGAGAUGAGGUAGAUUAUCAGCUUUAUCUUCUUCCAAGCAUUUUGGAAUUCGAAAAGUUAGUUAAAUCUGGACGAGCGAAACAAAAGUAUGCAGAUUUGGAAUAUAAUGUGGCAAAACAAGUUGAGAAGAUGAUAAGGCACAUGAAGAAGUGAAUGGAGCGAAUUUGUCUACUCCUAUGUGGGUGCCUAUGAGUUGUGUAUCUUCUAUAUAAAUUUUUGGAUUGUAUUUGAUAUAUAUUUAUGAUAUAUUUAUUCAAUUUUGAUUGUGAAAAAUAUUGUGUUGGAGUAACAUAUUAUCAUAUACUCUUUUGGUCAAUUAAAAUUGUAUUGUAGUAAAAUAUUGUCAAUU